AUGUUGCCCAAGGCGGUGCCUAUACCAAAAGGGGCUCCAAAUAGCUCUAUGUGUAAGGAAAGUUUUUAUUCUCUUUCUGAUUCUAUCGAACUCGCCCGAAGGUUUACGACCGCAGUCGGGACACUGGCAUCGAACACAGGAUACCGUAGUGUGGCGGAGAUAAUCGACGAGGUACCUCGCCUCAAAGAAGCCGCUCAUGUGAAAGACAGCGAGAUCGACAACCUCCGUGGGAAGAUUCAAGGGAUGGAGGAGGAAAGUGAAAAAAUGAGUCGAUACCAAGUCAGGCUCUACGAAAAAGAAUACGACCGGUUCAAAGAUGAGAAACUCGCACUCACCUCUAAGCUCGAGGCUAUGGAGAAGGUAAACAAGAGUCAAGAGCAGAGCAUUACGCGGCUUACAGCAAGCGAAAGCGAGCUGAAGGAAAAAGGCCGACAAAUAAAGAGUAUGUGGAUGGCCGAGAAGGAAAACUUAACCAAGGCGAAUAAAAGGAUACAGAGCUUAGAGGGUGAGGUGAAGAAGACAGUGGCGGAAAAUGCACAGGCAGCCAUUGCUGUGAAGCAGGCGCAAACGGAAAUGUCUAUGACAAAGCAGUCACUCCAAAGUCUUCAAAACAGGACCUCGAGUUUGGAACAAGAGCUUCGCGCGAAGUGCGAGAGCUUGGAUGAGCUGAAAAAGCUAGGAGUACCUUUAACGGAAGAAGAAUGGGACAAGCCUGUGGACCGGAUAGAAGUCUUAUGGUCAUCCGCAAGCCAGUUGGUCGAGACCUACUUUGGCAAGGAUCUCUCAAUAGACAUCCUACAUGUACGUCAGUUAGGCUGGAUAUCAGCCGAUUUCAAGCACCAAGUUCCUAUUCCAGCGUCGAACUCUUCAGCCGGAAAAACAAUGCGCGUUACUAUUAUUCUUGCUAUCCUGGCCAGGCUUAUCGACAAGCAUAUCUUCCAACCAGCGUAUAUCCUGGAGAAAGACAACGGAAUACGCGGAGUAUUUUACCAUCAAGCCAAGCUGAACAGCAAGAAAGAAUCAUUCACACGUGCGCUUCUAUUGAGCAUGUUUCCCGAGGAGCAAAAGUCUACUGCUGAUGUAAGAGUAUCCCAGGUACUCCAGGGCAUGAAAUCUUAUGUCGGCAACCUGCUCCCACGGGAUGAGAUGGAUAGGUUUCAAGAAGAACUUGGAAAACUGGUCUACGCUGGUCGAGAUGCAUGGUGGACUAUCCAACGGCUUAAGGAACACCUUGAACCAAGCUUCGAGCUCGUCCAGUUUGACGAUUUUGAGUGGAAGACGAUGUGGAAGACGAUCCAACCUAAAUCUACCGGGUCUAGUCGCCCAGAAGGCAACCAGGUUUUGGUACUUGGGAAAAAAGAAGAUGAGGCUGUCCUCAUGGUUUUUCCACGUAUUUACAUCGUGGAAGAUGACGAGCCUUACCCCUUGACUCGAGGGACCGUGAUUACGAAGGUCGAAACUGAGAAAGCUAUGCAAGAAUUACAAAGAGCCGCUUCGACACCUCCUAUCCGCAAGCUACUAUCCGCUCUUGCCCGUCAACCUAAGUCUCGGGAGCCCUCCAGAAAUGGUCGCGAGAUCAUGGCGCCUAAAAGAACUGAUAGUUUUUUAGCGCGAAAGAGCUCGUCAGACGGAAAAUCAGGAGGGUGAACAAGGACGAGGCUUUUUGGGCACGGUUUUCGGGUAGACUGAAAGCAUUGAGUAGUAGAGUACAUUUUUAAGCAUAUUAUGCUUGACGUCUUUUUUUUUUUUUUUUUUUUUUUUUUUUUCCCACUCUCUCUUUUCGUAGGUUUGACCAAAGUUGUUUUUCGAAUGGACGAAGAUUAAUGGCUUUUUUUAAACUGAUACUCGCCAUAAAACCUGCUUUUCCUAGACAUUACUUUAGAUUCCGGUAUAUUUUAGUAUCAUGGCGAGGCU